AUGCUGGGAAAUACUGACGAUCAAGUGGAGUACCACAAAGUCGUAAAGAAAGUCCUCAAUCAACAGUUUGAAAUAGACCUUGAACACUUUGCGAUGCUGGCUUAUGCGAACGUGGCUGAUAUUGGAUGUGCCUAUCGAAUUUGCCCUGACAAUGACAACUACAUUCACUGUGUUAACAGCGCAGGGUGAGU